CAUCGGGGCGUGUGCGCGUGUCCGCUCCUCCGCCGCCUCGGGUCGGGGCGGGUCCCGGGAACCGCCUCGGAGAUGGAGUCGUCCCUGGAGGCGAGCUUGUCGUCCAGCGGCGCGGUGUCGGGGGCCGCGGGGUUCCUGCCGCCGGCUCGCUCCCGCAUCUUCAAGAUCAUCGUGAUCGGCGACUCCAACGUGGGCAAGACGUGCCUGACCUACCGCUUCUGCGCCGGCCGUUUCCCCGACCGCACGGAGGCUACUAUCGGGGUGGAUUUCCGAGAACGAGCCGUGGAGAUCGACGGGGAGCGCAUCAAGAUCCAGUUGUGGGACACAGCAGGACAAGAACGAUUUAGAAAGAGCAUGGUCCAGCACUAUUACAGAAAUGUACAUGCUGUUGUCUUCGUGUACGAUAUGACCAACAUGGCUAGUUUUCAUAGCCUGCCAUCUUGGAUAGAAGAAUGCAAACAGCAUUUGCUAGCCAGUGACAUACCACGGAUUCUCGUUGGAAAUAAAUGUGACUUGAGAAGUGCCAUUCAAGUACCUACAGACUUGGCACAAAAAUUUGCUGACACACACAGUAUGCCUUUGUUUGAAACCUCUGCGAAAAACCCCAAUGAUAAUGACCAUGUGGAAGCUAUAUUUAUGACCUUGGCUCAUAAACUUAAGAGCCACAAACCAUUAAUGCUUAGUCAACCCCCUGAUAACGGAAUUAUUCUGAAGCCUGAACCAAAGCCUGCAAUGACAUGCUGGUGCUAAGUAACAGUCUUUAUUAUACUAUCUAAUUUUGACUAGAGAAAUACUUUUGAAGUAUGACAGUGAUAAGUCAUAAGAUUUAAUCUCAAAUAUAAUGGAUCAUCCUGACAUUAUACUGUUUAUCAUUGUCAUGCUAAUUUUUGUAUUUUGUAUCUACUUAAUUAAGUUUGUCAUUAUGACAACACAGGGCAAAAGUUGGUUUUCACGUGAGGUUGAAAAUGAAGCAAAGGUAGGAUGAAUCAGAACAUCUUCCCGUUGAGAGCCCAGUGAAGGAGGCUUCAAAUGAGAGCAUGAUGGUAUUUUAGGAGUAAAUCACUGUUCAUUCCUGUGUUCCAGGGAUAGAAAAGAAAUAAAAGGGUAUAGGACAUACCUACUAGGUAUGUCCUUUGAAUGGGAAGCAUUCUCAAUAGGACAAAACUGGUAUUUGCCUCUCCCUAAAGUUCUUUCUUCGUAUUAUUGAUGUAUUUAAUUGCAUUAUUAUUGGUACAUGUUAGAGCCAAGAUGAUUUUUAGUUUCAGUGGGAGGAGAAGGCAUAGAAUGUUUUCUGGUUCUCAGUGUAUAAAGAAUGACUUCCAGUGAUUCCACGUGCUUGAUAUUUCUAAUUGAUUUAUCAGUCAGAUCUACAGAAGUCAUUGUUAUUGUUAGAAAAAAUUUGUUUUCUUACUAAAUUCUAUUAAAAUAUGCAAAAAUAAGUCUGACUUUAAAUGAAGUGACAUAAUAAGGUGCUUUAUAUUUUGGUAUCUUUAGUAAAAAACAAAUUGAAAGCAUUGGAGGAGUUGUAAUUUGGGGGGAGAAUAGAUAAAUGUGAUUCCUGGCUACAAAAGGAGACCUAUUCUUAGCUUCUGUAAUCUCAAACUGUGGGUCUGGCAUAGUAUCUCUUGCUCUCCCCGCCACGGUCAGUCAAUUCAAUGACUGGAAGGUUGAGUUAACAAAUCAACUUCUAUUUGGAUUGUAGCUCUGAAGGCACACCUCUGAUUGCUAGGAGUCUACAUAUAUUUCUGUAAUAGUAUCGUGUUGUAGCAUACCAGUUUUUAAAAUCUUUAAAUUUUAUGGUCCCAACAAGCUAUUCCUCCUUGGUAUGAAAAAUAAAUAAGAUAUUGAGAAAUACGUUGUCUCUCUUAGUGAUGUAAAGAAUAGUACAAGAAGUUUCUUACCCCAAAAAUUUAUUUUGAUUUUAAGACUUUGCACAUAGAAAAUAGUAAGCUUGUAUACAAAGCUAUUACACGAAUGGAAUGUAAGCCAUGAACCUUAACUGAAGUGCACACAUUCACUAAUUCUGAUAGAUUGCUGUCCUUGAUAAUUUUAGAGGUAAAUAAGCCAAAAGAUGAUUAUACUUAACAAUAUUUUCAGAAUGUGAGAAUUCAAAUAUGUAAUCUAGUUUAAGAUUUUUAUUUAAUCAUUAUGGUGAUCCUAACUGAAUAAUUAUAAAAACAAGAUAAUGCUAUUAAAUGAACUAACUGAAAGAAAUAAUUAUUCAGUUUUAAAUAUUAGAGCCUAAGGAAAAACAAGUUGGCUUUAUCUGUGUUUAGGGAGAUUAAUCCAUUUUUCUUAUGCUAAAAUGGUUUUAAUUUAAAUUGUUGAUUUGUAACUAUUUUUAUAGUAAAAAACAAUGACAACUGUGCUAAUUGUGGUGAGUGUAACAGUUUUUUAAAGAAGGGAAUCCGUUUAUUGCUUUUAAAACAUUUUCUAAAGUGUGAGAAGAAAGUUUACAAACUUUCCCAGUGCAUUUAUGUUUUUAAGUGCUGUUAAUAAUGAUUAAAAAAAUAAUUUAACUUUAUUUCUUUUUGUAAGAACUUAAUACAGGUAUCCUUUACAGUUCUGUAAAAGAACUUAUUUUUUCACUUUAAUAUUUAUUAAUUUUAAAAUAUUUGUAUCUCAUUUGUAAUGAUUUACUCUCUUAAUUUUUUCUACAUAUGUUUUUAUUUUUUAAAAGAGCAUACUUAUCAGUUGAAUGGGGAUAGAGGUUUUAGAUAUUUUCCAAAAUAUUUAUAAAACACUUCAUUGUUGAGAAAUCACUUACAGAAUGGUGGCUAUCAAACAAAUAAUUAUAAAUUUUUAAAGCACAAGUCACAUGUUUUGUAACUCCUGUGUGAAUUUAUUUUAGCUGUGACAUUUAAUUGAAAACAUCAGAUAUGUUUUGGAAAAGUCUUAAUUUGAGAACAACUGAAGGAAGUUAAUCCAGAAUCUAUAUGUAGUUAGCUAUUAAUGAUGAUGCUUUAUUGACAGUAUAUUGCUAAUAUAUUUCUUCAUGAAAUCUGAAGUUAAAUAAUUUCGUUGUGGAAUAGUGUCACUGUAACAUUUCCCUUACGAAGUUCAAUAAACCAGCUUUGCCAUAAAGAAAUUGUA